AUGGGCGCGCCUGAAGCCCGCCUGGAUGCCACGUGGUCUCACGCCCACGAUGAAAUCCUCCUGCCGCCUCUCGUAACCUCUCAGCAACACGCCUCUCGUAACCUCCCAGGGCUUUCCUCGCCUGCAGUAUACAGUCAAGGUGACUUGUGGAUACUGCCAGGGCAGGAAGACCACCACGAUGAAAACGUGGGGCGGGAGACUCCUGCUCCGGCACCCCAGCCGCAGCCUACCGUCCCCCCUGUGCCAGCUGCCAGUCCCCCCGCUGUCACUGGGUCGACCCCUGUCCUCAAUCAGAUCCUCGCUGCGGUCAUCCAGCUGCAGGAGACGCUGGCUGCGACGAUCUCCAGGGUGGCGGCCUUGGAGCAGCGAGUCUCCACGCCCCCGCCUGCGCGUGAGCUCCCCUCCAUCCCAGCCCCUGCUCCAUCCUCAGCCCCGGCCCCAUGCCCUGCCCUGCCGUCUGCUGGUGAGGCUAUGGACGCCGAUAGUGGGGACAGUGUGGUUCCCCCUGAGGGCCAGAUGCCGAACACCCCUGCAACUCCACCGGCUGUGGUGACUGCAGCUGCCAAGGGAACGGCCGAACCCCGCCAUGGCCAGACGGGUCCUUCAACUUCACCUGCUGAUCCUCCACCGCAGUGGGAGACCACACUCCAGGUGCUGCUGGCGCAGUUUGAUUCCCUGACUCAGCAGGUGGCCGAGCUCCAUCACCGGAUCACCCCACUCCUUGACCGACAACCACCCCCUCCUGACCAGUGA